CCUGUCCCGACCAGCGCCAUGGACCUGGCGGCGGCCGCGGCGGCGGAGCCGGGGUCCGGAAGCCAGCACCCCGAGGUCCGCGACGAGGUAGCCGAGAAGUGCCAGAAACUGUUCCUGGACUUCCUGGAGGAGUUCCGAGGCAGCGAUGGAGAGGUUAAGUACUUGCAGCUAGCAGAGGAGCUAAUUCGACCUGAGAGAAACACAUUGGUUGUGAGUUUUGCAGACCUGGAGCAGUUUAACCAGCAACUCUCCACUACCAUCCAGGAAGAGUUCUACAGAGUCUACCCUUAUUUGUGUCGGGCUUUGAAGACGUUUGUCAAAGACCGGAAAGAGAUUCCUUUCGCCAAGGACUUUUAUGUUGCAUUCCAGGACCUACCUACUAGACAUAAGAUCCGAGAACUCACCUCAUCCAGGAUUGGCUUGCUUACCCGUAUUAGUGGGCAGGUGGUACGCACCCACCCAGUUCACCCAGAGCUAGUGAGUGGUACAUUCCUGUGCCUGGACUGCCAGACGGUGAUCAAGGAUGUUGAACAGCAGUUCAAGUACACGCAGCCAAACAUCUGUCGCAACCCAGUGUGCGCCAAUAGGAGGAGAUUCCUGCUGGACACAAACAAGUCAAGAUUUGUUGAUUUUCAAAAGGUUCGUAUUCAGGAGACUCAAGCUGAGCUUCCCCGAGGAAGCAUCCCGCGUAGUUUAGAGGUAAUCCUGAGGGCUGAAGCUGUAGAGUCAGCUCAGGCUGGCGACAAGUGUGACUUCACAGGGACACUAAUUGUGGUGCCUGACGUCUCCAAGCUCAGCACACCAGGAGCGCGUGCAGAAACUAACUCUCGAGUGAGCGGUGUUGAUGGCUAUGAGACAGAAGGCAUUCGAGGGCUCCGGGCCCUGGGUGUCAGGGACCUUUCAUACAGGCUGGUCUUCCUUGCCUGUUGUGUGGCACCAACAAACCCAAGGUUUGGAGGCAAAGAGCUCAGAGAUGAGGAACAGACAGCUGAGACCAUUAAGAACCAAAUGACUGUGAAGGAGUGGGAAAAAGUGUUUGAAAUGAGUCAAGAUAAGAACUUAUACCACAAUCUCUGUACCAGCCUAUUCCCUACUAUACAUGGUAAUGAUGAAGUAAAACGGGGUGUCUUGCUGAUGCUGUUUGGUGGUGUUCCAAAGACAACAGGGGAAGGAACCUCACUCCGAGGUGACAUAAAUGUUUGCAUUGUUGGUGACCCAAGUACAGCUAAGAGCCAGUUUCUCAAGCAUGUGGAAGAAUUCAGCCCCAGAGCUGUUUAUACCAGUGGCAAAGCCUCCAGUGCUGCAGGCUUGACAGCAGCUGUUGUGAGAGAUGAGGAAUCUCAUGAGUUUGUCAUUGAAGCGGGAGCUUUGAUGCUGGCAGACAAUGGUGUGUGCUGCAUUGAUGAAUUUGAUAAGAUGGACUUGCGGGACCAGGUUGCUAUUCAUGAGGCUAUGGAGCAGCAGACCAUAUCCAUCACUAAAGCAGGAGUGAAGGCUACUCUGAAUGCCAGGACGUCCAUUUUGGCAGCAGCAAACCCAGUCAGUGGACAUUAUGACAGAUCAAAGUCACUGAAACAGAACAUCAAUCUAUCGGCUCCUAUCAUGUCCCGAUUUGACCUCUUCUUUAUCCUGGUGGAUGAGUGCAAUGAGGUUACAGAUUAUGCUAUUGCAAGGCGUAUAGUAGACUUGCAUUCAAGAAUCGAGGAGUCGAUCGAUCGUGUUUAUUCUCUUGAUGAUAUCAGGCGCUAUCUUCUUUUUGCACGACAGUUUAAACCCAAGAUCUCCAAGGAGUCGGAGGACUUCAUUGUGGAGCAGUAUACGCGCCUCCGCCAGAGGGACGGGUCUGGAGUGGCCCGGUCCUCGUGGAGGAUCACAGUGCGGCAGCUCGAGAGCAUGAUCCGCCUCUCUGAAGCCAUGGCCCGAAUGCACUGCUGCGAUGAGGUCCAGCCUAAACAUGUGAAGGAGGCUUUUCGGUUACUGAAUAAAUCAAUUAUCCGUGUAGAGACGCCUGAUGUCAACCUAGAUCAAGAGGAAGAGACCCAGAUGGAAACAGAUGAGACCUCAGGCGGCAUCAAUGGACUUGCUGAUAGUCCCGGCCCUGUAAACGGAACCAAUGGCCACAGUGAAGCUGCGAGUCAGGAAGCCAUUUCCAAACCUUCCCUGCGGCUGGGCUUCUCCGAGUACUGCCGGAUCUCCAACCUUGUCGUGCUGCACCUCAGAAAGGUAGAGGAAGAGGAAGAUGAGUCAGCACUAAAGAGGAGUGAGCUUGUAAACUGGUACUUGAAGGAGAUUGAGUCAGAAAUAGACUCUGAAGAGGAGCUCAUCAAUAAGAAGAGGGUCAUAGAGAAAGUCAUCCACCGGCUCACACACUAUGACCAUGUUCUAAUCGAGCUCACGCAAGCUGGGCUGAAGGGCUCCACAGAGGAAAGCAAGAGCUACGAGGAAGACCCCUACUUGGUCGUUAACCCAAAUUACAUGCUUGAAGAUUGAGCCAAGCCAAGGACCUGUGGCUCCCACCUCUAGCCUAGAUGGGGCUUUGCUGGAGAGACGAGCUCUGGGAUUGAUGGUUGGGGAUCAUUUCAAGGAGCUAGAACUGAGUCGAUUGCCCUGUCACAAUUGUCCUUGUUGCAGCUUUUACUAAGUAUGGGCUUGGAGUGCUACUUGUCCUGAUUGAGUGGAAAUACAAGCAGGGGCUCUCUUGAGGGAAGAGGGCCCUUGUUUCCUUGUGUGGUGAAGGGCCUGUUACCUUGUGGGAUGGAGUGCCUUAUCACAGACAUGGCUUUUUUUAGUUGUCAGCUACUGCUUUUAUUAAUGAAAAUAAAAUGACUCGUUCUGAGGCUGA